UUAUAGGUACCUACUCCUCCGUGACAAUUUUCCGUACCUGUAUCUGUUACAAAAACUUUCCACGGUAGCACGCUACUGCAAUCGGAAAGUAUUCAAGUCAAGGUGCCUUGAAAGUACUUACUCUCAAUUUCUGUGGACUCCUCUUGUUGUGCGUACCUACUUAAGUACGAUAAAAGUUACUUCAUUCGCGUUUCAUUUUCAUCGAGAUCGUGUACUUUUACACUCGAUGCGCACACGCACGAGAGUAUAGGUACCUAACUUGAUCGAGUUCGAGACGUUCGAGUAGUGGUGUGUGAUACUUGGUCGUGUUUUCGUGUAGUUUUGUGUGCAUUGUGCAAUUGUGCAUUCGUUCGUUGGACCUGUACAUGACGACUUGUAGCUUGUGUUGCUAUAAAAACGGCUUGACUUUUCUUAAUAAGUGUUGCUGCACUUCUCGUUUGUAAUAAGUGUUAAUAUCAUUCAGUGUGCUUUCAUUUGCUCGAUUCGUCAAAAACUCAGUAAUCAAAAGAUCCAGAGAGAGGUGUAUAAGUACACAUGCAGGUCCCGAUACUUGUGGAAGCACAUACCUUUCUACCUACAUAGCCCCCAGUCGAUUAUAUACCUCACCCAUUUGUUGCGGAAGGUGGUGAUGUUUGUACGUAUAAAUUAAAAAAAAUAGAUAUCUCCACGACAUAUACUUCGUCACGGACACACAAUCGAGAAGAAAGGAGUUGCGUCGAGGGCACGAUCUCGUAAGGACGUGAGAGUCUCUGUGUGUGUGUGGUAACGCACUUUCACGUAAAGUGUUGAUGCCAAGUCUCGUUCUUCGUUGCGAUGAUGUUCGCGAGCACGGACACCGAAAUGGUGUGUGACGACGGUGGCGGCAACACCACCACGAUCACUAGCACAGUUUCUAGCAACAACAACAACAAUGUCGUCUACUGUAUCAGUAACAACAACAACGUGACAAUACCUGGCACCAGUAACAGCCGUGCAGCCGUGGGUGUAUUUAAUCAGCAGCAGCUUUAUCGCAAUCGUUCGAAUGUCGUUGUCGUGGGAAAUCGCACUGGGGGCAUAUUGACGACCACUGCGAUCCCCAACGUGAUCGCGGCGUCGACUUUUACAAACGCCGUUGCUGCAGGCGCUAGGAAUAACAACAUGGUGUCGACGAUGACGACGGUCACUGGUAACGUAGUUACAACAACCGGUUCCCAGUUGAAUCAAAACGUCGUCCUGGUGAAGAAGGAGCCGCUGAAGGCCUGUUCGAUCAGAAUCACCAGGGACCGUGACAUCGAUCAGCGCAUUAGGAAAAAGUGCAAGAAAAGCGAGGAUGCCAUGAUACUGCAGAGGCUUGUCAUGCAGACCAAGAUGCAGUUGAGCGAGAACGAAGAGAGCGUUCCCGAUGUUCCAGCUGCAGUACAGGAAAUUCUGGCCACUAUAUUUACUGCAGUUUACAAUCAUCAAGAUGAGGAAGGGCGUUGUUACUCGGAUUCCAUGUCUGAGCUGCCCGAACAUGACAUCGUUGAUGGGAAAAAAAUUAGAGGUCUGUCGCUCGACCUGAUCAAGCGUCGGCUGGACAAGGAAGUGUACAAAAGGCUCGAUAGUUUUCAAGAAGACGUGUUCAAUUGUUUGGAGCGAGCAAGAAAAUUGUCUCGCACGGACUCGCAAGUAUUCGAAGACAGCGUUGAGCUGCAAGCCUUCUUUCUGCGCACUAGAGACGAAGUGACGAAAAAUGGUGACCUGUUGCACUCGCCUGCCCUUAACUACUCUCUCGUAGAUCUGGGUAACCAGGUUGCCGAAUUAAAGAGAGAGAAAUCGCAGCAAGAGGCACUUUUGUCGAACGAAGACGAGAGUUGUGACGGCAAUGAAAAAAUGGUUGACGGGUCAGCUAGUAGUGGUGAGAACGGCAGUUCCAUGAGUUUCAACCAGGAAACUUAUAGAGCUGGUGAUUUCGUGUAUGUCGAACCAAGUGAGCGCGGUAUGGAAACUAAUGUUGUCCUGAUCGAACGAUUAUGGACUAACUCCGAGGGUCAGCAGAUGCUCUACGGCAAUCUCUUUUAUCGCCCGAGCGAAACGUAUCACGUAGCAUCGCGAAAAUUUCUAGACAAGGAACUGUUUAAAAGCGACGCCCACGUAGCUGUCACAUUGUCCAAGGUGGUGGGUAGGUGUUGCGUAUUGAGUGUUAAGGAUUACUUCAGAAUGGUACCUGAGGGCUUUCCCGAGAAAGACGUGUAUGUGUGUGAAUCGAGGUAUUCGACAAGGGCGCGUGCGUUUAAAAAGAUCAAAGUCUGGAACUUCGAUCCUGAUCAUUUGAAGCUGACACCAAGAGAAAAGCUGCUCGAGCCCAAGAGAAUCAUUUCCGUGUAUAAAGAGAGGUUGGAGAAACAUAAGGAAGAGAUAGCCGAGCUCGAAGAAAGUGAGAAGCCAGCCGAGAAGGAAAAACCAAAUGUGAUACUUUUUACUGCAGAUAAUGAAAAUACCCAUUAUGAACAAUACAAUUCAUGCGUAGGGCCUGUAAAAUUGGGAGACUUUGUUAUUGUAGCAACUAGUGGUGGUAAACAGCAACUCGCACAGAUUGAUUCUAUUUGGUCAACUAAAGAUGGAAAGUGUUAUUUCAAAGGACCAUGGAUGUUGACUCCAGCCGAAAUUACGCAUGCGCCUACUAAAUUAUUUUAUAAGCAAGAAAUGUUUUUAUCUACUGUUGAAGCUACACAUCCUAUAGUUGCUAUUGUUGGAAAAUGUGCUGUUCUCGAUUAUUCAGAAUACAUUUGCAGUCGGCCUACAGAAAUUCCAGAAGACGAUGUUUACAUUUGUGAAUCUUUGUACGACGAAAACAAGAACGUUAUAAAAAAACUCGGUGCAGAUGGUCUUAAAAAGUUUAAUCAUUCUAGCGAAGUGACAGAAGAUGAAAUAUAUUUUUUCAGAAAACCUAUUAAUCCUGCCAAGGUGCCUAGUGAUACGCAAAUACAAAAUUCAGUCAAAUCCAUUGUAUCGUCAACAAACCAGUAUGAAACGGAUACAUCGCCGUACCCGGAGUCUGAUGAGCUAGGCGUGGGAGUGGGAUUGGGAGUAGGAGUAGGUGGUGAGGACAGCUUGGAUGCUCCACCAUCAGUUGGCUCUGUGGAAGCUCAACCGGUGCUCACCAACCAUCAAACACCCGUAUCAUCCAAAAAGAAAGCGCCGGGUAAGAAAUUAGUUACGGGCUAUAUUUUGUAUGCAAGUAAAGUGCGCACGACAGUUACGCAAAACAAUCCCGAUUCAACCUUUGGAGACAUUAGCAGAAUGGUCGGCAACGAGUGGCGCAAAUUAGCCCCAGCAGAAAAGUCGGUGUGGGAGGAGCGCGCGAAUAAACUGAACGAAGAAAACGAAGGAUUGAGAGGUGCCAUUUCAAUGCGGGAUUUAGUUUAUGAGUGCUGUUGGGAUACGUGCGAUUGGCAAUUCGAAGAUAUGGCCGAUUGUAUAGAACACAGCGUUGUUGAACCAACUGGCCAUGUUCAAACUUAUUUCGCCAACGCUAGCAGCGAUGUCGAAUACAAAUGUCAAUGGCGAGGUUGCGGUAGGAUGAAAAAAUCUCAGCCUCCAUUUCCAAGUGUACAAAGGCUGGCUAGACACGUGAAGGAAGUACACAUACUGAAGUCAACUGGACGAGCAAUCCCACCCAGUGAUAGGAGCAAAAAUUAUGUGCCUGCAAAAGGAUCUACAACGUUGGCUCCUAUGGAAACAGAAACUUCAGCAGCUGCUACGCAAACAAAUAACGUAGGAGCCGUGAAACAGGCAGAACCGUUGUUUAUUGCAGUUCCACCUCGUCCAAGUCGCGUAUUGCACUCUGAUGCGUACUUGAGGUAUAUUGAAGGGUUAAACACUGAAAAUAGGUAUAUAAGUAAUUGGGACAGACAAUUGAUUGCUACUCCCGAAAACACACAAGUUCCCGACGUCACAAAAUUACCUGCCGAAUGGCUGGGUAAUGGGGUUGGUAAUCACGGAAAUGUAGUUAAUGCCUUAUGGACUCUGAGAAACAUGAUGAUGCGUGACGUCCUUGCCAUCAAUAAGACACUGUAGUGAUUUGUAAAUUAUAUUAGUACUUUUAUGUUUCGAUAUAAGUAUUUUUUGAAGUAACCAAACUCAGAUCAUUGUAAUUAAAACGCAUCGCAAACUUAUUGAGUUCAAGUGACUCAAAAAGACUGAUGUAAUAAAGUUUUUAUCGGGAUAUUAUAAGCAAAUAAAAAUCUCGUUUUUCAUUCGUUAUUGAAUGUUGUGGUUUUACACGUCAAGUUUGCGAUUUUAAAGUAAGAGGAUUGUAUAUUUGGGAGAUUGUAUACUUGUACAAAUAACUGCUAUCAUCUUUUCAAUCCUGUGAAUAUUUAUAAAGAGAUGCGAUAAAGUGUGACUUAGUACAUAAAGAAGCAAAGUUCGUAUAUAAAUAUACAUGAUUGGUAUAUUUUUUGUAAAUUCUUCUUAAGUUGUACUGAUCUUAUGUGGUUUAUUACCGUGAAUUAUUGUUGAUAGUCGACUAGAUAAUUGAUCACACGCGCAUUUUAUAGUUAACCAAUCAGCUGUAUUAUCUGGAUUUAAUCCAGAUUUCCAUAAUCUUUAAGAAACAUGCAAAGAAUGAAAAAGUGCUACUUUUAGUCAUAUACAUUUAAGUGAAUAUGAAUUGUAUGUUUUGUUAAUAGUGACCUAAAUAAUUCUCUAACAUUUUGAAAAUAAAUUUUUCGAUACAA